AUGGCCAUGAUAACGAACGGCAAAUCAAAGAGAGUGAGAAGAAAGCUUUUGCAAGACCAACUAACGCUAGCUGAAGCUCUCAAAUACGCUCGUGGCCUUGAGAGCGCGGAUCAACACGCUACAAGAGUAGAAAACCAAACGACGACCGAAGUGACUGUCAAGCAAGAAAUCAAAAAACCACUGUCGACAAAAAGUAGAGAAAAAACUGUGUUUUAAUUGCGGGAAACGUUGGCCACACCAAGGUGGACAAAGAAAAUGCCCGGCUUUUGGAAAACAGUGUACGCGAUGUGGCAAAAGAAACCAUUUUGCAAAGUGUUGCAAAAACAAGCAAGAAAUUAAAUUAGCCCAAGGAGGCGAGCAAAUAACUGACACAUCGUUGGACAGCAGUGAUGAAGAGUCCACAUGCACGCUGCAAGAGGUGAACCCCGUGGGACAGUCACACAAUAGGCCCCUAAAAACAGUGAUAAUUAGCGGCGUUGACAUUACGGUACUACCUGACAGCGGUGCUACGGUCAACGCUAUGGAUGAGGCAACGUUCAAGAAAUACGGCCUAGACCUAGAGUAA